CUUUGUUACACCAUGCCUCAAGGGUCAACGGAAAGAAAAUCUACUCAAAGGAUUACAAGAUCACAGACGCUGCUUGCAAGCAAGUCUAUUGACAAGGGAACCACGAUCAAUAAUGACGAUCAUCAAUCAUCGAAACGACCAAGAAAAAGAACUAGGAUAUCUACCCCGAAAAAGACUUCUAAACGAUCUAUUCAGAGCAAGGAUACCGAUAAUGCCGAACAAGAGGAGCAAAAACAAAUAAAUACAACCUUAACAACAACAAUAUCUCACAGCACACCAUCUUCCCCGACCGCCCAAGAUUUUCUGGAUGGAUUACUGAACGACAACGAUACCAUUAUAGACAAGGAUCAGCACGACGGCAAUGACAAGCAAGAUGAUGACAAUAGUAAUAAUUAUAAUUUCAGUAACAGUGAUGUGGACAAUCAAGACAAACACAACGACAACAAUGGCACUGGUUCUGAUCAAGUGGUAGAUGUUCUGGAUGCAUUAUUAGGACUUCAGCAUAUGGAGUUCUUACCUGUGGAUACAUUUCCACAAGAUCGAGCUGCAGCGGUGGAAGCCUUACGUCUGAAUGAACAGUUACAACAAUUGGUGAAACUUCAAAUCGACAAGGUGGACAAACGAAUUGUAGAAAAUGGUGUAUUACUGAAUGAAACUCGUAAUUUGUCUUUACGGGAAGCAAGGAUACAAAGGACAAGAAUGGAAGUGCACAAGCCAUAUUCGGAAAAAUAUGAUUUCUUUGUCGAUGCAAAUGGCAACACUCCUUUUACUGAACAAGAUAAACGAAAUACAAUGGAAUUUGAACGUGUACGAGCAUGGACUUCGAAAGAACGAGAAUCAUUACAUGCUGGUAUUCAUUCUGAAGUACAAAGGAUGAUUGCAUAUGAACAUAUGGCCAAACAAGAACCUUGGCGAGUAUGGGAAGUGGACAAGUUACGUAGAAAGGAAUGGGAAAAUUAUCCUGUGAACAAAUUGGAUUGGGUGCGAAUUAGCAUGAUUCAUGUGAAGACUCGUAACCCUAUGGAAUGUAUGAUUCAAUGGACAACACAAGAUCAUCCGAAAAUCAACAAAUUACCAUGGAAGAAGAAAGAAAGUACAGAUUUGAAGUUGUUAGUUGAAAAGCAUGGGCACAAUGGAAAAUGGGAACAAAUUGCAAGUGAACUCAAGACCAAUCGAACAGCUGCUCAAUGUUUUGCUCAUUAUCAAGCAGAAUUGAACAUGCAAGAUUCGAAACGACGAUGGACGGCCGAGGACGAUGAAGCAUUGAAGGAUGCGGUGACGAUGAUGGGAGACAAGAACUGGCAACGUGUGGCAUUACUUGUAGGAGGUCGAACUGGACAACAAUGUUUACAACGAUGGAUGAAAUCAAUCAAUCCUGCCAUCCGACGGUCGAAAUGGACAGCGGAGGAGGACGCAGCUCUACGUGCAUCAGUGGCGGUUUAUGGUAAGGGCAACUGGACUGGAGUACAACGUCAUCUUCCUGGACGAACCGAUAUGCAGUGCCGUGAACGAUGGAUGAAUGUAUUGGACCCUCGACUACGACAUGAUGAACUUUCUCCCGAGGAAAAGGAAAAACUUACUCAGUUGGUGGCUCAACAUGGUCGUAAAUGGUCUCUUUUUGCCGAACUCAUGCCUGGACGCACUGACAAUAUUCUCUUACGGACUUGGACAAGGAUGGUACGUGAAAAUAAGGCUCUUUUGGAAAAACAUCAAACAAUUCCUGGUAAAACCUAAAAAAAUCUUUCUUUGGCCUUCUUUUAUAGUUAGCUUUUUUUUUUUUUUUUUGAUAUACC